GUCGAGAAGUAUAUAGUUUUAUAUAAACUUCUAAAAUUUACGAUAUUAAAAAAAUGUCGAAAAACAUUUGGAGCUGGAAUUUCCUGAUUAUAGUAAUGUGGGAGAUUCAAUAUUUGGAAGUGAUAAUCUUCGGGAUGCUUCUUUGCAAAUAACCCAUUUGAAAGAUGAGACCAAAGAUCUAUCUUUUUGGCGAUUCCAUUACAGAAUUUUCUUUCGCUGAUGGCGGCUGGGGAUCCGCUCUAACCAAUCAUUUCACUCGCAAGGCCGAUGUGGUGGUUAGAGGAUACAGUGGCUACAACACGAGAUGGGCGCUUAAGGUCAUUGAACGAGUCUUCCCGCCAUCAGAAGAACGUGAAGCUGCCUCGCCGCUUGCGGUGACGGUGUUCUUUGGAGCUAAUGACGCUUGUCUUCCAGAUAGAUAUGGCGCCUUCCAACAUGUGCCCCUUCAUGAAUACAAGCAAAACCUCAUUUCAAUCGUCUCCUUUUUCAAGAAGAAAUGGCCUGCAACACGUAUUUUGCUUAUCACUCCUCCUCCUAUUGAUGAAGAAGGGCGUUUACAGAACCCUUAUGUUUCAAAUCCAGUAAAUGAGCCUGAGAGGACUAACGAUGCUGCUGGUGCUUAUGCCAAGGCUUGCAUUGCUGUUGCUAAAGAAUGUGGGGUUUCUGUUAUUGAUAUUUGGACUAAGAUGCAGCAAGUUCCUGGCUGGGAAAAAGCUUGUUUAAGUGAUGGACUGCACCUGACUCGAAAUGGAAACACGAUUGUGUUCGAGGAAGUUGUCAAGAGGCUGGAAGAAGAAGGAUUGAGUCCAGUAACGUUGCCUGCUGAUCUUCCACUUAUUUCAGAAAUAGACUUUAAUAAUCCACUGCAAGCUUUCGAAAAAUUAUAAUAAUCAGUUAACUGAAACCGAGGAUGCCAUCGAGGACGAGGAGCACUGCAACUUAUUCACAACCAUUGAGAUGUGAGAAUGAAAUUGAAACUCCUCUACAGAUGAUAAUAAUGCUUAAUUACCAUUAAGAGUUGGAUUUCAUUCGUUCAAAACUUCUUUAUUAGACAUCUAUGGGAUUGUGAGCAUGCAGAUCUGUCAAUAAAUAAAUGGUCUUUCUCCAAUUAUACAACA